AUGGAGCCGAGUAUUUCUUUCGGGCCGGAGGAUCACUCCGGGCUGGUCCACCCGCACGAUGAUGCCUUACUUUUCUCUGCUGAUGUGGCGAAUUGCACUUUGUGCCGCAUAUUUGUAGAUUCGGGAAGUUCCGUGAACAUAAUCUAUAAAGAUUGUUUGAUAGUCAUGGCCCUAGACGCCACCCUGAAAUUGCCAGGCAACCCAUUAUAUGGUAUUACUGGAGAAUCUAUUUUACCACUGGGAUCUCUGGAGCUGCCAAUGACAUGGGGAAAGGAAGGGACUUCGCGAACUCGUAUUCUUAAGUUUUUGGUGGUGGACUUUCCGAAACUAAGUUAUAAUAUCAUCACUGGGAGGCCAGCGCUGAAUGCCUUUCAGGCCGUGAUUUCCAUGUACCAUCUGAAGAUGAAGUUCCUGCUCGAAGGCGGUCGGGUCGGAGAAGUGGUUGGGAAUCAGGUUACCUCAAAGGAGUGCUUUGUCAAGAGUCUAACGGCCCAGGCUGGAUCUAAGAGAACACAGGGUUCGCAAGGAGGGCCAACGGAGAAGAUUGCCAGAGCUGGAGGUGGCUCUGGGAAUACGGCAAAGCAGACUGAGAUCGAAGAGAUCGGGAGGUCUCUUGAGAAAUAA